GAAAGGUGGAGCGUUGGUGGUGAAAACGCCCGCAGCUCUGGUUUUUUGGUCUCACGAUGAACAGCGUCGUCCGCGUCCUGGGCCGUCUCGGCGCCACGAAGGCCGCCCCUCCCGCGCGCCUCCUCUCGGGCGUCGCCCGCCAAGGCCCCUCCAUGGACACGCUCUGGAACGUCGGCUCCUUCCCGAUCAUGGCCACGGCCAAGCCGGCCAUGAUGCUCUCGACGCACGAGAUGCUGCUCCACGUGUCCAACCCGGCGCUCGACGUCUUCUACCCGUCGCCGUCGGAACUCAUUACGGACAUGGGCCACCAGGUCGAGUACCACGCCGAUAGCGUGCUCAAGAAGCGACGAAAAAAGAUGAACAAGCACAAGCACAAGAAGCGCGUCAAGGCGCUCCGCGAUAGAACCAAGAAGAAUUAGACGACGGAUGCGUAGACCUCCCGCCGCCGCCUCUAUUGCGAGGCGUAACCAUCAAGCAACUCGGAUGAUGGCCUUAUUGGCUUUGUUAGCAAGCAGUCGACUUUCCAUUAAUACCAGUGUUAAUGGUGCGCCAAGGCAAUCGUAUCGACAUGCUGGCGAG